AUGCCAAAGCUAUACUUUGAUAUACCAAAAACAAUACCUAUACAAUCUUAUCAAUUCUUUACCAGUAAUUCUGAUACUGAUUUAAUAGUAAAAAUUAAAUUUUUGAGAGCUAACAGUAAAUGAAGCGACUUAUUUAAAUUGAUAUAUCAUAGAGACCCUAUUAAUAUAUCUGAUAUAAAAGACCAAGGGUGAGAAAGACCUCCAAAAACAAUUGGCUGCUUAGCAAUUGCAUACUUAGCAGAAGGAGCUUUAGAAGAAUCAAACAAAAUUCAGUACUAUAUCAAAGGAGUGAUUGGUGCAAUUGUCACAAAUUUAUACUCUCCUGAUGAAACUCUACAAGAGUUUUCCCUCAAGCUCCUAAACAGAACUUUAAAAAACGCAACAGAAUCAACGAUAUACGAGAUACUGAAUUUUAAUGUAUAUAAGCCAUUAUUUGCCUUAUUUCCUUCACCGAUAUUGGGAGAUUUGGCUAUGGAUACCUGCAAAAUAAUUCUCUAUAGAAGAGAGAAAGCACAAAAAGUGUUUUUUAAAUUCAAAGGAGACGGAGAACUAUUAAAAUUUUUAGAACUUAACACAGUCAAUGCAACCUUUCUUAUGAGCUGCAUCAAUGCUCUUAUAAUAGUAUAGUCUAUUUAGGAUCCUAAUGGCAAACCCAAUUAUGGAAACUUAAAUAAGUUAAUUGAUGCCGGAAUUGUGGAAGCAAUUAAAAACAAUAAGCCAAUCCUUAAUUUGUGCUAUAAUAAAAAAGCAGAAAUUGAUGAGUUAUCGUUCCUAAUGUGACUCUCUUUGAAAUAG